ACUUUGCAAUUUUACUAAUUUUAGGAUGCUCUUUUGAGCUAUAAUGACAGAUUUCGUCUAUUGAAAAUAAAGUUUUUGAUUGAUUUUUUGAUUGAUUGAUUGAUUGAUUGAUUUAAGACAGCAAGCAUGAAGAGUGUGCAAACUUUCUACAAAAGCACAAAGGUUUAUUAAACUAGCCCUAGGCGGAUAAGACUUUCAGCCCCGAAGACCACACAACUAGAAGCAGAGUUAGAAUGUAAUUUCAUUGCCGUGUUGAAGACAUAACAUUUUAUGUUGAGAAUCUUUGACGUCAUUAUGCAUAUGCUUAAAACCCGAGCAAAAUACACGAAGCCACCAAAAUUCUUUACACUUGGUAUGAUAAACUUCGCUUCACUCAUUCAGUAACAUUUCUAGCUGCCAAAGAAGUUUUUUGGUUGGUUUACUGUUGGUUUAAUUUCCGAGGUUGUCUGUUGCAACAUGAAACAAACAUUCUGUUUGGUUUUGUUGCUGUACACGUUCGCUUUAACAGCGCAGACUUUAGCAAAACCGUCACAAUUGAACAGAGACUCCGGGGUUCACUCUGAUACUGGUAGUGGUGUUGACCUGACUGAUGGUGAACAGAACACCAGAGAAACUGUGAGAGGAAUUGACCAUGAUGGUCCCACACAGGACAUCGAAGAAAUUGUCGUAGCUAUUCGUCUUAAUGAAGCCAAGCAUAGGACGGAAGAAACUGCCCGCGAAAUUCACUCCAAUGAAGCAAUUCAAAACAACACAGAAACUGUAAACGGAAUUCGUGCUACUGAUGAAACAAGAAUUCAUUCCAACUACACUGUCCAGAACAGCACAGAUGAAGCACUGCUAGAAUUCAGCAAACGUUUACUCCGAGAGUUCCGUGCUAAUCCCUACUAUUCCUACCCAUCAGGCUUGAGCUGUACUACUUGCACCAUAUUCAUUGAGGUUAUACGAGAGUUUUGGACUGGACCAGGAAUAACCAGACUGCUUGCAAAACAUUUCUCCAUUUCUGCGUGUAUCUCGUUACGCAUUCAACAUCCUGAUGUGUGUAUUGGUAUUGUCCGAGAAUACGAGAACGAGUUUUAUUAUAUAUUUGAAAAUGCACGCCUCUCAUCUCAUGGGAUAUGUUCCGCACUAUUGGAUAAGCGGUGUGGGGAUGAGAAUGUAUUGGACAAACCUUGGAUUGUGACGUUGCCUGAUACCCAGAAACCAACAGUUGAAGAACAGAGUCACAUUAAGGUAUGCUGCUUAUAAAGGUUCUGAUGGGACAAUGGUUAGUAUGUUUACCUCCGGGAUUUGAUUGCUACCAAAUCAGAUAUCCAGUUAUCUGAUUAUAAUUUCACCUCAGUCACAUGUGAGAAGAGUGCUUCCAGAGUUCCAGUUUGACUCUACCAAACACCGCAUGCAGCUUAUCUUACUGCCGAAUACUUUAUACUGGACCUCUAGGAAGAACAGUUUAGAACUUAUAGAGCUAUCCAAUAUAAAUAAAGUUAGUUUAGUUUAGGUUUCCUCCUGUAGUAACACUGGGUCCUAGUGGGUCGAUAAGAGAUGAUCCUUACUGGACCUCUAGGAAGAACAUAACAGAUGACCCUUUAUACUGGACCUCUAGGAAGAACAGUUUAGAACUUAUAGAGCUAUCCAAUAUAAAUAAAGUUAGUUUAGUUUGGGUUUCCUCCUGUAGUAACACUGGGUCGAUAAGAGAUGAUCCUUACUGGACCUCUAGGGAGAACAGUUUAGAACUGAUAGAGCUAUCCAGUAUAAAUAAAGUUAGUUUAGGUUUCCUCCUGUAGUAACACUGGGUCGAUUAGAGAUGACGGUUUCCUCCUGUAGUAACACUGGGUCGAUUAGAGAUGACCCUUACUGGACCUCCAGGAAGAACAGUUCAGAACUGAUAGAGCUAUCCAAUAUAAAUAAAGUUAGUUUAGUUUCCUUCUGCAAUAAUACUGAAUGAUUAAGUUAAAGACGACUCUUACUGGACCUCUAUAAGUAACACUGGGUCGAUUAGAGAUGACCCUUACUGGACCUCCAGGAAGAACAGUUCAGAACUGAUAGAGCUAUCCAAUAUAAAUAAAGUUAGUUUAGUUUCCUUCUGCAUUAAUACUGAAUGAUUAAGUUAAAGACGACUCUUACUGGACCUCUAUAGAGGUAUCAGUAAAUAUUGAUUAAAUAUAAUUUCAUUCCAGCCUGGUUCGCCUGUGAUUAAAGUUCUUCACCUCACAGACCUACACAUUGACCUUCACUAUAAAGAAAACACGAGCACACUCUGUGGCGAAGCUCUGUGUUGUCGCGAGAGUAAUGGCCCGGGUGAUGCAGGAUAUUGGGGCUCUUAUGGAUGUGAUAUUCCUUUAAGAACGCUAGAGAGCGCUUUGAAACACAUUAAACAGCACCACAGCGACGUGAGUAAAGUGGUCCUAUGAUAUACUGGAAUUUGUCUUGCUGUAAUACCUAUGUCCUAUGUUGUCAAAGCUUCAGUGAUCACAGUGUUUUGCACAGGUUCGUUUUGAAGAAUUUGUGAGAUAACUUGGAGGGAAGUGACUCACUGUUUAACACUGAAUCCCUCAAACUUUUCUUACAAAUCCUUCAAAACAUAGAAUUCACCUGAUGCAAAAUUCCUACUGUGAUCACAGAAACUUUGAUAGUAUAAACCAAGCUCAAGAAUUCUUUUGUAAUUUUCUAUCUAGAUAUCUUAUAUUAUUAUGACUGGAGACAUCCCUCCUCAUGAUAUUUGGCUGGAGACCAAGUCAAGUCGGGUACGAAAAUAAAUAUUUCUUCUUUGCCCAAAUUCGUCCAGACCGAUCAUCUGUCUCUGGUAUACACACGUAAAAACGUACAAGUUGUAACAAACCUGCAGCAGACUUGUAGCAAUGCUGUUCCAACAACUUGUCAACAGGAUGCGUUCGCACUGCUUGUUCCCAGCUUGUUGACAACUUGCUACAAGGUUGUUGAGCUCAACAGACUUGUUACAAGUUGUUCCAACAACUUGUUAUCGUCCUGCAAUUCAACAAUUUGUGAACAAGUUGUGAGCGACAACCUUGAAGCAACUUGAUAAAAUAACAGCAUUGUUACAACUUGUUGACAAGCUUGCUACAAGCCUGUUGCAAACACAUCUUGUUAACAAGCAGUUCACACCGAGGGCAUUUAAACAGAUGAAUAUCAACCAAUUAUUUGCUCUCCGUCUACCUUUGUGUUGACGUCCCGUGGAGCUGCUUGAAAACGUGGCCAAUACUAUCUUUUCCAGAUCGAAGUGAUGCAAAGAGCAUUUGCAACAAUUAAAGAAUAUUUUCCUCAAAAGAAGGUUUUUGUUGCAGUUGGGAAUCAUGAUACACACCCGACCAACAGGUGAGUAGAAUACCAGGAUAAGAUACGACUGUGAAUAUAUAUGACGUAGUGUGGUGGAGUGUUCUCUUAACACAGGGUAAUGUCUUUCAUCUUUGUGGCAGGAAUGUUGGCAGGACAUAGUUUUUUUGUCCAUGUGUCUUCUACUUGGAGGUUUCAUUUCUCCAAUAUGGAGUAUAAUAAUUGAGAAGACCUACCUUUACAUUGACAUCAGUAAAUGGUUAGACUUUCGCGUCUUCUCGGAUAAGGACGUUAAAAUCGUAGGUACCUCGGAUCCCCUAUCAAUUGGACAAUAGCCUGUUGGGAAGUCCGCUCACCAACGAGCAGGACGUCGCGAAGCCAUUGGGGGGGGGGUCGUUAUGUUUUGACCAACAAUUACAAGGAUUUUGACCAAGUCGUACAAAUUUUUCCCAUUUUCCGGACUAACAUAAGCGUAGUCUAAACAUUUUUUCCGGACUAACGUAAGCGUGUUCAAAAUUUUUCGACCAAAAUAAGCAAGACUCUCAAUUUUUUCACCGCAAACAUAACAAAAGCAUUAAAACUGUUACAAAUGCGAACCAUUUCAUAACUUUGACCAACUUCGACUAUCUUUUAUGCCAAACUUUGACCAAAUUGUUCCGAGUUUUACCUUCAAUUUUAAGCAAAUAUCAGUUCAAUUUUGACCAACUUUGGGCAAAUAUCAGUUCCAUUUUGAUAUAUAGCGAUUUUGAUAUAUAGCCCCCUAUAGCGACGUCCCUGCCAACGAGUGAGAAACACAAUUAUGAUUUUGUGUCAGUCACAUAUAAAAAAGAAUGCUUUCAGUUUGACAAACACCUUACUUAUGUUGGUGACACACUGGAAAUCUCGCAAGUCAGAACCUCUACUUCCGCUUCCCUCCCAAACACGCUCCAGCAGAGAGUGAGAGGGAACUACAGAGCCUGGCUUGCGACACACUAGUUAGUUACAGCAUGUGUCUUUGACCUGCGUGGUUUCAUUCCUGUAAUAUCUUGUCGGAUGAACAUUUUUCUCCGUAGUUUCCCUCCAGCUUCAGUGAGCGCAGAGAACUCGAUACAAUGGUUGUUGGAUAGUUACGCCGAUAUGUGGUCAGCGUGGUUGCCGAAUACUUCAUUACAUACAGUACGAAAGUAAGUGUGAAUAAACGCCGCUAUAUGCAAUCAGCAAACACUAACGCAAUCGUUUCAAAUGUCCAUUGAUUGGAGGUUUGACUGUAGUGAUUCUAAAUUAUUGUCUAUUAAUCGAUUCUUUUCCAUUUCAGAGGCGGUUACUUCACGACAUUGCUGUCACCAGGGUUCAGAAUUGUUUCAAUAAAUAACAACUAUUGUAACAAAUUAAACUGGUAUAUGUAAACUCUUGCCAUACUCACAACACUGUGAUCUUCAUUUCCACUGAAGACUAAUUAGCAUCUUGUGCGUCUUUAUUAAGGUGGCUGUUACUCAACAACACCGAUCCCGCGGGAGAACUUCAAUGGCUGAUCCAAGUCUUACAAAGCGCUGAGGACAAUGGAGAGAAGGUCAGCUGGGUUUAAAUUAACUGACGUUGUGUUAUGCAUGUAUUAGGCUAAAAGCUUCCAGCUACCCCCCAAUAAAGUUAAGGCUGGCGUACGGGUAAAGACCUACCUAAAAUGAUCAUGUUUUGUGAUUGGCUUUCAGACUGUGAUUGGCUUUCAGACUGUGAUUGGCUUUCGUGACUCGUUCUUUAGAAAGACGAUUUCUAUAGUUUUAUUGUCUUCCAUUGUUAUAAUCAACCAACCAUGAGCCUGGAUAGUAUAGGUAGAUCAUGACCCUGGCGUACACUAUCAAAUAUUUCUGUGAUCACAGUAGGAAUUUUGCAUCGGUAAAUUCUAAGUUUUGAAAGAUUUGUAAGAAAUGUUUGAGGAAACUGUCUCAGUGUUUAUAACUCUGAGUCAGCUUCCUCAAACAUUUCUUACAAAUCCUUCAAAACUUAAAAUUUAUCUAAGCAAAAUUCCUACUGUUGAUCACAGAAACUUUGAUAGUGUAAACAAGACUGUAGUGUAAUUUGAAUUUCUCGUGAUGAGUAUAUUUGGUGCAUAAUUUUCCCAUGCAGGUUCACAUCAUAGCUCACAUUCCCACUGGAAACAAUCUGUGUUACAAACACUGGAGUGCGAACUAUUAUAAGAUCAUCAACCGUUACGAGAACACCGUGACAGCUCAGUUCUGUGGACACACACAUCAAGAUCAUUUUGAAAUAUUUUAUGACUUGAAAGAUCACACAAGACCUCACAGGUUAGAAAACAAAUGUUCUAUUCCUGCAUGUUAGCGCUUUAGAAUAUUUAUAGUGUUUAGCUUUAGAAUAUAGCUUUAGAAUAUUAAGAGAUGAUCCUUGCUGGAUCUCUUGGAAGAACAGUUUAGAACUGAUAGAGGUGUCCAGUAUAAAUAAAGUUAGUUUUACUUUAGGUUUCCUCCUGUAGUAACACUGGAUCAAUAAGAGAUGAUCCUUACUGGACCUCUAGGAAGAACAGUUUAGAACUGAUAGAGCUGUCCAGUAUAAAUAAAGUUAGCUUAGUUUAGGUUUCUUCCUGUAGUAACACUGGAUCAAUAAGAGAUGAUCCUUACUGGACCUCUAGGAAGAACAGUUUAGAACGAUAGAGUUAUCCAGUAUAAAUAAAGUUAGUUUAGUUUAGGUUUCCUCCUGUAGUAACACUGGAUCAAUAAGAGAUGAUCCUUACUGGACCUCUAGGAAGAACAGUUUAGAACUGAUAGAGUUAUCCAGUAUAAAUAAAGUUAGUUUAGUUUAGGUUUCCUCCUGUAGUAACACUGGAUCAAUAAGAGAUGAUCCUUACUGGACCCCUAGGAAGAACAGUUUAGAACUGAUAGAGCUAUCCAGUACAAAUAAAGUUAGUUUAGUUUAGGUUCCCUCCUGUAGUAACACUGGAUCAAUAAGAGAUGAUCCUUACCGGACCUCUAGGGAGAACAGUUUAGAACUGAUAGAGCUAUCCAGUAUAAAAAAAGUUAGUUUAGUUUAGGUUCCUCCUGUAGUAACACUGGAUCAAUAAGAGAUGACUCUUACUGGACCUCUAGGGAGAACAGUUUAGAACUGAUAGAGCUAUCCAGUAUAAAGCCUUAGUCUUUUUUUACUCUAUAGCGUAAUGUACGUUGGUCCAAGUUUGACAACAAACCCGGCGUAUCAACCUAAAGUUAGUUUAGUUUAGGUUCCUCCUGUAGUAACACUGGAUCAAUAAGAGAUGACUCUUACUGGACCUCUAGGGAGAACAGUUUAGAACUGAUAGAGCUAUCCGGUAUAAAGUUAGUCUUUUUUUACUCUAUAGCGUAAUGUACGUUGGUCCAAGUUUGACAACAAACCCGGCGUAUCAACCUGCUUACAGAAUUUACGAAGUUGAAGGAGAUUACGAACAGAGCUCAAGGGUGAACUAUAUUUAAUUUAUAUCUUCCAACACUGUUUCCAAUUUGUUCAUAGUUUCAUUUAUUAAUAUUUGCUAUUUUAAUUGUAGCGUGUUUUGAACCACAAAACGUACAAAUUAAAUUUGGAAAAAUCAAAUAAGGACCACAAAGCUUAUUGGGAACUUGAAUAUAGCGCCAAGGUUUGUAUAUUUUAGUCACCAGUUUUAGUCUAUUCAGUAACAUUUAGUAUAUUGAAAUUUAUUUUUAAUUUUUCCUUUUUGUCAUAGGAGGCAUACAAUAUGAAAGGUUUACAACCAGCUGACUGGGAUAAUCUCGUCACCAGAAUGAAGAACAGCGAUGACCUGUUUCAAAAAUUUUAUAAGUAAGACUCGUCGUUUAUAUCUCAGGACAAGCAGGCGCAGAUGUAAACAUUGUGAUGUCGUGGUCACCACACUUGUCUUUCAAGCUAGGAGACCCGGGUUCAAUCCUUGAUCGGACCUCUACUCAAGCUCUUAAAAUAAUUGAGGAGAAAGAGCUACCUUUACAUUCACAUCAGUAAAUGGUUAGACUUUCGCGUCUUCUCGGAUAAGGAUGUUAAAUCGUAGGUACCUCGGAUCCCCUAUCAAUUGCGCAAUAGCCUGUUGGAAAAUCCGCUCACCAAUUACUGAGAAACUCAAUAAACUCAAUUGUAGAUAUGAGUAAUCAUGCUUUGAAUAGGGAUGACGGUGCCUAUUUGCCAGAGGAAUAUAUGCAUCUCAUUGGCAGAUGACGUCAUCCCUUGGGUAUUUAAGAAGCCACAUUGCAUCUUUAGAUCACCCCUGAUGAAGACACUAGACUGGAGUGUCGAAACGUUGGGUCUUGAUUACAAUUCGACUGGGCUUUGUAUUCAUUUAUUUAAACCAGAGUAGCGAGCGAAACAUGAUUGAUAUACCUGGUUGCAGUGAAUGAACAAAGUUUAAAUGUGUGCCACUAUAGAUACAAACGGCCGCAGGAUUCUCAUAUUUUAUUAUUUGCACUAUUUUUCGCUGCAGGUUCAAAUAUCGUUAUCCCAACCUCGGAUCAUGUGACAAUGAUUGCAAGAGUCGCGAGAUUUGUGCUUUGAAAUCAGCCCGGUCACAUGACAGCACAUUCUGUGAGGAAACUGCUGACCAAGUAAUAUUCUGA